AUGUCGUCAACACCAGCUUCUUCGGCUGCAGCAGCACCAACACCCCGCGUUCAAUCAGCGAGUAACAAACCAAAAGAAGACUCAUCUAAAGACGGUAACAAUGCUACUACAACCGUACAAUCAUCAUCUCGUCCACCAUCGGCAAUUAAACAACCAGCAACAGCAACCACUAAUGAAACUCGACCUGGAUCAGCAGCAAAAAAUUCAUCACAAGAUACUACUAAUCGACCAGCAUCCGCUGUAAAAGUUGAUUCUACUGUUACACCAGCUCUUGAUGCAACAACUGCAAGGCCACCAUCAGCUAGCCAAAAACAGGAUGGAACAACAACAAACAAUACUACAAUUGCUCCGCCAGGCUCAAGACCACCAUCAGCGGCUAAAAAAACAGAAGAUACAGUUGCAAACACUACUACUAGUGUUCAACCAGGCUCAAGACAACCAUCAGCGGUUAAAAAACCAGAAGAUACAACCACAAACACUGCUGCUACUGCUACACCAAGCUCAAGACCACCAUCGGCGACUAAUGCUGCUACUGCUCCACCAGGCUCAAGACCACCAUCGGCUAAUCGAAAACAAGAAGGAGCAGCUGAAAACAUUAGCACUGUCGGACAACCGGAUACAUCGGCUCCAAUUGAUCCAAAUGAUCCUAAUAUAACAAAACCAAUUAUAGGACGACCGCCAUUAGCAGCCAAAAACGAAACUAGCGAAGAAUCUAGUGCUACUGCUACUCUUGCUGCUUCAAUUCCACUUAAUAUUUUACCAGAAGGUACACCACCAUCUGACAAUACCAAUCCAGUUUCGGCUCCCGCUGCACAAGCUUCUGCUCCAGCACGUACUGGUUCGGCAUCGAGCAAGCCGCCAACAUAA